AUGAACUUCAAGGUUAUUUUGAGGUUUUUGGUGUUUCUGCUUCCCUCGCUUCUGAAACAAAUUCCAGGCAUUUUUAACUGUUAACGGUUGAUGGGUCACCAGGGCCUUCCGACUUUUUACUAAAAAAUCCUGUUUUUUUAUACACAUGCUGUAAAAGCAAAUUUGUUAGAUAUUUUCGGAGAGAAUAAAUCAUACACCAACACGAUGCCCAAAUUCUAUUCUUAUAUUUAUUGAGACGUUUGGUUACACUGAAGUAGGUUACUCAGCAACAAUUAUUUUAGAUAAAGAAGUUGCGCGAUUAGGAGCAUUUGAAUCCAAUGCUUUUAUGUCCUGGCGGAGUAGGGUUGCAUUUGCUACCGAUUCUCGCAUGUUUUCUCACUUUAGUGGCAAUUGUAACAUGUUACUUCAUAUCCCUCAAACGUGAUCAUAUAUCUCCGUAUUUCCCUUAUAUCAGUGACGCUGGUUCAACGGUCCCGGAAAGUUGUAUAUUUGGCCAGUUAUUAAAUAUGGCUUCACUAAUUGGAGGUUUAUGUUUCUAUUCAUGGCAUAAAUAUGUAUUGGAUUGCAGUCAGAAAUAUGAUCGGCGAUGUUAUCGUCAGAUGCAAAUAACUAGAAUUGCUUUAUGUUUUGGCCUUAUAUCAGCAUUUGGAAUGAGUUUAGUUGCUAAUUUUCAACCAACAGCUGUUUGGUCUGUACAUAUUGUGGGUGCAGCACUGGCUUUUGGUGGUGGUUCAUUAUAUUCACUCUGUGUCACGUAUAUAACAUAUAAAUAUCUUCGUUCUGGUCGUAUUUGGAUUACACGUUGCAUAUUAUCACUUCUUACAACUGCAUCAUUCAUCAUACACCCGAUCACUGGAUUAAUUGCCCGUCUGAUGUAUGAUGGAGAUAAUAUAAGAAAAUGGAAACCAGUUGACAGAGGUUAUGAAUAUCAUGUUGCAAGUGGUACUGCAGAAUGGAUAACAGCUUUAUCAUUUAUAGGCUUUGUUUUAUCUCUGGCAUGGGAGUUAAAAGACUGUAAACUACACACUGUUAAGAUUGGUCCUCGAUGGAACAAUGCUCAUUGCGAUGAGGAUAUUCUUUCCUAGAAUCAAUCAGUCAAUCGAUCGAUCAAACAUGAGGAAGGCAGACAGUCAUCAGCUAUGGGCCAAGUUACCUCUAUCACAUUAUGCAAACUUAGUUAUCAUGUUUUUCUCCUUUCUUUCUCCUCCAUUGUCUAUAAUAUUAUUAACUGGCGUUUGAUUUUAUUUAUUAUCGUUAUUUCUUCUCUGUUUUUUUCUUUUAUUCAACUCAGACGAAUCAUAAAGCACAGUAAAGCAAUUGAUUUCCAAUAAUUCCAUGUAUUUACUUUUUUCCACGUUUUCUAAUUUCCUCAAGUUAUUUUUUAUAAGAAGUAUUCCGUGUGUGUGUGUGUGUGUUUUUUAAAAAUAUUCUUGUAAAAUGGUUAACUCUGAUUUCGAAUAAUAUUUAUCAUGAUACCUAUUGUGUGACUUCAGUCAUUGAUUAUUUUCGAUUUCGUGAAAUAAAUAAUUUUUUUAUUAUUUGGUUAUUUUAGAGGCGAUAUUAUGAAAUAGAAUGAUCAGUGUGCAAUCUUUUCACCUAAUCUUUAUUAUUUUUUUCUGCUCAACGAAAUACAAAUUUACUGCAUAUGCAACA